CUUUGAUAUUGAUAAAGCAACAGCAUGGAGAGCUGUUUGAAGAGUUGUCAAUGCUCUCUAUUCAUUUCUUUAUACGUUUAUUAAGUGGCCGACAAGAGAAGAAGCAGAACAAACAUGGAAUAUUGUAAAAGACAAAUGUGGUUUCCCAAAGGUAAUUGGAGCUAUCAAUGAAACACAUAUACGUAUCGCAGCACCCAAGAUUCAUCCUGAAGCAUACAUCAAUAGAAAGGGCUAUCACUCAAUUCAAUUACAGGUUAUAUGUGAUUCUGACCUAAAAUUUAUGCAUUGUUAUACUGGGUGAUGCAGCAUAUACAAUUGAUUAUUGCGUUCCUUUUAAAGAUAAUGGAACUGUGUGUAGCGGGUAGAUACGCCUCUACGAUCCCGGUGGGGGACAGAUCUACCUCAGGGAAGCGACCUUGCACACGCGAGCUUCUUUUCCUACAUACUCUAGCCCGGAGCGAAGAAUGUCCCAAUCUCAUAAUCCUACCUACUACUCCUCACUCCCACCCUAUACUCCACUUCACUACGCAGAAGGAAACGGGGCCCCACUGCGUACUACCUCGCCUCAAGAAUCAUGAGGUACGAAUAUGAGUAAUGAUGUGAUGAGUGCGCUUGGCGAUCCAACUAGCAAUUGGCGCUGCCUGCGGUCCGGGCCUGGCAGUGUGAAAUGGGUGACCGGCCAUAAAGAUGUAGGAAACCAGACAUCCCAUGGAAAAUCAACUACUGGAAUGAAUCUAUGGAACAUUCAAAAGACAGGCACAUGGAAUGUUCGAGGAUUGCGAGAGGCCGGGAAGCUGGCAAUUGUGGAAAGAGAAGCAACCUCUUAUUCCAUAGUGGGACUAUUCGAAACCCGCUGGGCCGGGCGUGAACAUUUUACGUCUAGCAAUAGCAACAUCUAUUUUUCCGGCCAUGAAAAUAUGUCGAGGAAUGGAGUUGCGAUAAUGGUUAAUAAACAGCAUAGAAAUGCUGUCAAGGAAUAUCGAGCAAUCAGCGAUCGCAUUAUAGUGAUAAGCUUUGAAGCUAAACCUGUGAACAUAAAUAUAGUGCAAAUAUAUGCGCCAACUAGCGAGACGGAUGACACAGAAAUAGAAACUUUCUACGUGGAACUGGUGAAUACUUUGGGAGAUCUGUCAAAUCAGGAAAUAACUAUCAUAAUGGGGGACUUCAAUGCUAAAAUUGGAGAAAUUACUGAGGAUGAUGAUCUACGCACCGUUGUUGGCAGAUAUUGUUUAGGAGAAAGAAACGAGAGAGGGGAACGUCUCCUACUACAUUUUUGCACAGACAACAACCUGUUCAUAACUAAUACAGGUUUCAAGCAUCACCCUAGACGUCUCUACACUUGAAGAUCACCAGGAGAGAGAUAUAGAAAUCAGAUUGAUUAUAUACUAAUCAAGUCUCGCUGGAGAACAGUGAUAAAAGAUGUUAAAACCUAUCCCGGGAAUGGAUUGUAACAGUGACCAUCAGUUUCUGGAAGCCGAACUUAGGAUGAAACUGCGGCUGGUACGGCAACAGAAAUAUAAGCAACCUAAAUGGUAUCUAAAACAUAACCGUAUUUCAAAUCACAGCAAAACAAGAAUUGGAGAAACUUAGAAAAUAGCAGGAGGAUUCGGCGAAUGACCUGUGAAUGAAGACGAAGGCCGCUCUUCACGAUGCGGCUAGACAGGUGAGGGACAUAAGAGAAAAACGCAGAAAGAUAUGAAUCACUGACCAUACUUGGACUAAGAUACAAGAACGCAAAAACCUUAAUCAAGGGAAUUAAGUAAUCAAAGCGAGGUAGACAAAUACAGAGACCUAAAUGUAGACAUCAAAGGAUCGUGUAGGAAAGACAAAAACCAAUAUUUAAAUGAGAUGUGUCAGGAAAGUGAACAACACAAGUAUAAAAAUGAAACUCGUGACAUGUUUAAAAAAAUCAAGCAGUUAACUCGUGCUUUUGUGCCAAAAUAUAUUGAUAUAAAGACAGAGGACGGAGUCUUAUUAACGAAGGAAGAAGACGUUCUGAAGCGUUGGAAGACAUACUGUGAGCAACAAAUGACGCACGAAGGAACGCAGGAAGAGAAUCAUGCAGUACAGAUAACUCUGCACAUAGAUAAUGAGCCCGAGAUAAUGAGAGAGGAAAUUGUGGCAGCAAUAAAGAAAUAAAAAUGUUACAAAUCAACAGGAAUCGAUGAUGUAACAAUCGAAAUGAUACUGGCCAUAGAGAAAAUAGGAAUUGAGAUUGUCCACAAAAUAUGUCAGAAAAUAUGAAAUACCUGUAUCUAACCUGAGGACUGGACAACGUCUGUAUAUAUACCUCUGCACAAGAAAGGGCCGAAGGAUAUCUGCGAAAACUACCGUACUAUUGCUCUGCUAUCAUACCCAAGUAAAGUCAUGCUGCGAAUAAUUCUCGAACGCCUAAAGCCAUACCUUUUACCAGAAAUUCCUCAAAAACAAGCAGGUUUUUUCUCGGGUCGCGGAACGCGUGAACAGAUUUUGAAUGUUCGACAGAUAAUUAAGAAAUCAAGAGAAUAUAACAUCACAACGUAUAUUUACUUUAUAGACUACAGCAAAGCCUUUGACUGCGUUCGAUAGGAAAAGAUGUGGCAGUUCCUGUUUGAAAUGAGAACUCCAUCACACCUCAUUACUCUAAUAAUGAAUCUUUAUGAGAAUAACACCGCACGAGUAAAGAUGGACGGACAACUGACAGAAUGCUAGCAAUUUCAUGUUAGCAAGGGUGUGAGGCAGGGUUGUGUCCUCAGCCUCAUACUUUUUAACAUCUAUGGUGAAUAUAUCAUAAGGAAAGCAACCGAGGAGUGGGACGGUGGCAAGAAAAUCAGCAAUCUGAGGUAUGCUGACGACACCACUCUCUUUGCCUGUUCGAAAGAGAAGCUGACAACAUUCCUGCAAAGAGUCGAGCAAGCGAGUCUUGAAGCUGGCCUAGGAAUAAACAGAAGCAAAAUCAAAAUAAUGAUUGUGGACAGGCCGAAUAAUAAUCGUACAGAGCUCAAACAAAUAAACAAUAUAGAUGUUGUUCAAAGGUUUGUGUAUCUCAGAUCACUGGUCACAAAUACUGGUGGAUGUAUUGAAGAAAUUAAAAGAAGGAUAGCUAUUGUCAAAAAUGCCAAUCUAGCAAAUCUAACAAAAAUUUGGAAGAGCCAAGAUAUUACAAUCUCAACCAAAAUAAGACUUAUAAGGAGUCUCGUCUUUCCGGUUUUCUUAUACGGAGCGGAAUGUUGGGCACUAAAAGAGACUGACAAACGUGCCAUAGAUGCUUUCGAGAUGCAUUGCUGAAGGAGGAUGCUGCGUAUACCGUGGAUCGCCAAAAGAACAAAUCAGUCCUAGAUCAACUACACAUAAAACUAUACAUACAUAAAACACUACACAUAAAAAAACGACUACGAUGUCUUGUUUUGGAAAGAAUUACAACCUUUUUCGGGCACGUAAUCCGCAAAGACGGUCUUGAAAAGCUGACAAUUCAGAGUAAGGUCGAGGGUUCCAGAGGUUGAAGAAGGUCACCGACCAGAUACACUGAUCACAUUGUCAAUAUAACAGAUCUGUCCUUCGGUCGGUGUGUUAGAAUGGCCGCGGAUCGAGAAGGACGGAAGGAGAUAUCAUGCAAAGCCUCAUGAUGUCACGAUACCCGAAACGGGUAAACGACUAAGAAGAAGAAGAAGAAAAAUAAUGGGCAUCUAACUGAAUCUCAAGUAAAAUAUAAUAUGUGUCAUGCACAAGAUCGAAUAAUGAUAGAGAGAGUAUUUGGUUUACUCAAAGGUAGAU